AUGACUCAUACUGCUCUCAAAAACGCUAUUUUUAAAUCAUUCGAUAAUUGCAUCAAGGACUGCAAGAAUUGGGAACUCGAGCAUACUCUACAAUAUCUUGAAGAAUCUCACAUAAAAUUUGAUGAAAAAGAUUACCUGUCAAAUAAGAAGAAACUUCAGAGUUCGUCUAAAAUAUCCAUGAAAGCCAUCGAAAUUUUUCGACGGCAAAAAAACAAAGCUGAGGAGAAUCGGUUUUAUUACUGUAUAGAUAAGAACGUUCGGAAGAUGGAGACCACAAUUUCGUUAGUACAUGUUAGGGAAGUGAAAAGACACACUGAAAUAUCUAACCAAGCCAAACGUGUGAUGAUCAAUGAUGCUUCGUCCCCAAAUGUUUCUCCAGAAAUUGAUAACAAUUAUUCAGAUAAUGUUGAAAAUACAAGUGACAAUGAAAAUGAUGAAAAUAAGAGCAAUGAUGUGUUACUACAGUUAGAAUCAGAAGUCAGCAAUGGUGGUGUAGAUAAUCGUCAAUUUCAAGAUUUUCAAAAAAACUAUCUCGCAAUGUGCAAUGAUAUGAAAUGGAAGCUUCCAUCCGGAAGUUAUGUUGAAGAUAUUAUUUUUAAUUACACAAAGGAUCUCUCUUAUGAAUGUUUUAUUCUUGAUAUCGAAAACGAGACUAUAAUGAAAUUGUUCGAUAAAAAAGAUCAAGAAUAUAUUAAGACAUACAAUAUUAUGGAUGACCCUGAAUUAGAGGAUAGGCUAAUGGAAUAUCUUGUUACAUUUAAUGAAACUGAUAUUUCAAAGAUGUGGGAUAAAAUUAAUGCAAGGAUAGACAUAACUCUAUAUGAUCCUAAAAAUCACUUUGAUUAUCAAUAUGUCUAUCAAGUUUUCGCUAACCUAUAUGAACUGAGAUCUGGAGAUUUUACUCGAGCACACUUGGAAGGGAAGUGUGAUGGAAUUUUGCGAGAGCUUGCAUCGAUCAAAGAAUAUGCUAUUAGUAAAGAGGGAAAACUUUUUACGGGAAAAAGUAGAACGAAAUACUUAUCAAAUGGUAGGCUAAAAAUGCCAAAGGUAAUGAAAGACAUGAUAAAACAGAAGGUCGACAAGCUUGGAAUGGAUUUCGUAAAAUCCCAGCAUUUAGAAAUUGUUAGAUUUCUACAUUCAGCGCAAUAUUUACAACAAGUCAUCAUAGACCUCCCAGCAG